AUGCUGGGUACCCCUGCCGGCCACUUAGGGCCGCUGGUGCCCGGCCUCCGCUUUGCAUCCGUGGCCGAGACUAGCCGAAGGCGUGGGGCCCGCCGAGGCCGAGCCCUUUGUAUGGUACUGGCCCCCGAGAUUCGGGAGUCCCCGGCUCCCUCGGACGUGCUGGGAAUGAUCUCUGCGGCCGCGGAGCUGCGAGGAUUUCGGAAGCGUCGCCUCCCAAGCCCGGGCUCCAUCCCCGGCGGCGAACGCAGCUUUCCUAGCUUCUCGGGCCUCGCAGCCCCCCUCGGUCCCCAGGAGAAGCGGCUCGUCCUGGGAGCGGGCGUCGGGGUGAAGCGAGAGGCAGCCACCUUUGCUGACCACAGCUUCCCGGGCUUGGAAGACAGCAGCAGCAGCAGCAGCCGCCUGGGAAAGAAGGUGAGGUCUGGCGGCCUGAUGGAGAAGCCCAGGAGCCCCAGCAGUGAUGACAUCAGGACAAAUGUGAGACUGGUCAACAUCAUGUGCUUCCUUUAUGUCAGCAAUAUCUACAGCUGUUUGCAUCAACUCAUUCCCCAGGAAAUUGGGAAAAGUGAGAGUCAGAAAAAAAGGCAGCAGGUGAAGCUGGGAAGUAAUGUGAGAAAAAUCACCAAACACCAGCAGAUUCAGGCUGGAGACAACUGUUAUAAAUACAAUGAGUGUGGUAAAACCUUUGGUCAACUCUCAAACCUUGUGGACCAUAAGAAGAUUCCUAGUGGAGAGAAGCCUUUUAAAUGUACUGAAUGUGAGAGAGCAUUCACUUGCAUCUCAAGACUUAAUCGACAUCAGAAGAUUCAUACAGGAGAGAAGCCUUACAAAUGCAACGAAUGUGGGAAAACGUUCAUUCAGAGCUCAAAUCUUAUCCGACAUCAGAUGGUUCAUACUGGAGAGAAGCUUUUUAAAUGUAACAAAUGUGGGAAAUCUUUCACACGCAAUUCAAGACUUAUUCGACAUCAGAAAAUUCAUAUUGAAGAGAAGCCUUACAUAUGUGAUGAGUGUGGGAAAGCCUUCAUUCAAAGCUCAAAUCUUACUCGACAUCAGAAGAUUCAUACUGGAGAGAAGCCUUACAAAUGUAAUGAAUGUGGGAAAAUAUUCACUCGCAAGUCAAGACUUAUCAGACAUCAGAAGAUUCAUACUGGGGAGAAGCCUUACAAAUGUAAUGAAUGUGGAAAAACUUUCAUUCAAAGCUCAAAUCUUAUUCGACAUCAGGUGAUUCAUACUGGAGAGAAACCUUAUACAUGUAGUGAAUGUGGGAAAGCCUUCAUUCAGAGUUCAAAGCUUGUUAGGCAUAAGAUGGUUCAUACACGGGAAAAGCAUCAUAAAUGGAACAAAUGUGGGAAAGCCUUCAUUCAGAGCUCAAACCGCAUUAUGCAUCAGAUGAUUCAUAUGGGAGAAACGCCUUAUAAAUGUAGUGAAUUUGGGAAAGCCUUCAGUCAGUGUUCAAACCUUACAGAACACAAGAAGAUCCCUACUGGGGAGAAACAUUUUAAAUGUAGUGAAUGUGAAAGAGCUUUCACUUGCAUCUCAAGACUUAAUCGACAUCAGAAGAUUCAUACGGGAGAGAAGCCUUAUAAAUGUAAUGAAUGUGGGAAAACUUUCAAUCAGAGUUCAAAUCUUAUUCGACACCAGAUGAUUCAUACUGGAGAGAAGCUUUAUAAAUGUAAUGAAUGUGGGAAAGCCUUCACUCGUAAGUCAAGACUUAUUCGACAUCAGAAGAAUCAUACUGGAGAGAAACCUUACAAAUGUGAUGAGUGUGGGAAAACCUUCAUUCAGAGUUCAAAUCUGAUUCGACACCAGAUGAUUCAUAUUGGAGAAAAGCCUUAUAAGUGUAAUGAAUGUGGGAAAGCAUUCAUUAGAAAGUCUCACUUGAUCCUACAUCAGAGAACACAUAUUAGAGAGAAGCCUCAUAAGUGUAGUGAUUGUGGGAAAGCCUUCAUUCAAAGCUCAGAUCUUGAUAGGCACCAGAGAAUUCAUACUGGAGAGACACCUUAUAAAUGUAGUGAAUGUGGGAAACCUUUCUUCACAAACUCAUCCCUGGUUCGGCACCAACGGAUUCAUACUGGAGACUUGAAAGACAUAAAGACAGAAGCAGCUCCAAAAGAGACCUUUCCUGGAGAAGAAUCAAGGGCUGAAAGUGAGAGCCAGGAAAAGACUCCAGAGGUAAAACAUAAGUGGAAUUUGAGAAAAAGGAGCAAUCACCAGAAGAUUCAAACUGAAGACAAAAUUAAUCAAGAUGAGGAAUGGGAGGAAGACUCCAGUCAAGAUUCAAACUUUUCUGAACAUCACAAAGACCAUAAGGUUGAGAAGCUCUAUAAAUGUAAAGAAUGUGGGAAAACAUUCACUCGCAAGUCAAGAAUUAUUCGACAUCAGAAGAUUCAUACUGGAGAGAAGCCUUAUAAAUGUGAUGAGUGUGGGAAAGCCUUCAUGGAAAGCUCAACUCUCAUUUUACAUCAGAGAAUUCAUACUAAGGAGAAGCCUUAUAAAUGUAAUGAAUGUGGGAAAGCUUUCACUCAAAACUCCACACUUGUUAUGCACCAGAGGAUUCAUACUGGAGAGAAGCCUUAUAAAUGUAAUGAGUGUGGGAAAGCCUUUAGUCAGAGCUCCAAUCUUAUUGUACAUCAAAAGACUCAUAUUGGAGAAAAGCCUUAUAAAUGUAAUGAAUGUGGGAAAUCCUUCACUCAAAAUUCGACCCUUGUUAAGCACCAGAGAAUUCAUACUGGAGAGAAACCUUAUAAAUGCGAUGAAUGUGGGAAAGCCUUCACUCAAUACUCAACGCUUCUAAAGCACCACAGAAUCCACAAUGGAGAGAAGCCUUAUAAAUGUGAAGAAUGUGGGAAAGGCUUCAGUGAAAGCUCAACUCUUAUUAUACAUCAGAUAAUUCAUACUGGAGAGAAGUCUUAUAAAUGUCAUGAGUGUGGGAAAUCCUUCAUUCAAAGCUCAAACCUUAUUGUACAUCAGAAGAUUCAUACUGGAGAGAAGCCUUAUAAAUGUAAAGAGUGUGGGAAAGCCUUCACUCAAAGCUCAGAUCUUUUUAAACAUCACAGAAUUCAUACUGGAGAGAAGCCUUAUAAAUGUGAUGAAUGUGGGAAAGCUUUCAUUCAGAGUUCACUUCUUAUUAGGCAUAAGAUGAUUCAUACUGGAGAGAAGCCUUAUAAAUGCAACGAAUGUGGGAAAGCCUUCAGUCGGAGUUCAAACCUCGUAGUACAUCAGAAGACUCAUUUUGGAGAGAAGCAUAUUGUAAAAAAUACAGGACGCCCUUCUUGUGAUAUUAAGCAGGAAGAGAUUCAUAUUGGAGAAUAG